AUGAGGCGGUGGCCCACGCGAUCUGCGCCUGCAGAUGGCCCCAUUUUUAAAUCUAGUGCCGCAUCCCUGGACGAGCUGGCGUCGCAGCGAAGAGUGCCACGCGAGCUCCAGCUGUCUGGCUUCUCGGCCCACGCCUGCUUGGCACGUGGCUUGAACAUGCCGUUUCCAGACAGCGUCCGCGCCUGGUCGGGCAGCUCCCUCGUCUCUCCUCUUUCCUCCUCUGCAUGCCACCAGCAUACAUGCCAGAUUGUCUCCGUGGUCCACGGCCCGUCCGGCUCAGAAAAGCCGCCUCCAUGUCGCCGAAUGACCCAGAGGCGGGCGGUUGUUGAUUAUGGCGUCCGCGCUGCGACCUCUGCCAGGUAG